AUGUUCUUUUCUCAGAAUAAAAGCUUGAAAAACAAGCUGCUGUCAGGAAACAAGUUAUGUGGAAUCCAUGCUGAAGAGUCCAAAAAGAUCCAAGCCCAAUUGAAGGAGCUGCGUUAUGGGAAAAAGGACUUGAUUUUCAAGGCACAACAGCUAACAGAUUUGGAGCAAAAACUAGCAGUUGCUAAAGAUGAAUUGGAGAAAGCGGCUCUUGACAAGGAGUCCCAGUUGAAAGCUCUGAAGGAGACUGUCCAACUCUGCCUGACAUCUGUUCUGCGCAAUCAACCUCCAGCUAUGAGCCUAAUGCCGUCCAAACUAACUGAGAGGAGGCUGCCAUCACCCAAUACAAAUGACUCAAAAGUUCCAGCUGCUGUGACAAGCAAAAAGGCUCAACCAACUGUCCUGGAAGACAAAAGAACCCUUCAAGUUGAGUCGCCAAAAGAAGAAAAGCCAAGUACCAAGUGUGAUUCUCCAGAUGGUGGCAAGACCUGUGCAGUGAAUCACAACUCUACCAAUGUGAACAAGACAACAGAAGUGGAUCCUGUCUUGCAGAAGCUGUACACACCUCCUCAGACUAAGCUGGAGAUCCCAAAAUCAGAAGAGAAAAACCGGAAGACUUCCAAAGGCAUCGCAAAUACAGAAGAAAAGACACUGUAGGCUUCAGGAAGCUGUGCUGCAAAUCUCCAUUUGCUAAUGUCUUCACAUUAUUUUUAGUCCAAAGGCAUGACAAAAGUACUAAGUUUCUAGAGCAUGCAUCUUUUCCACUAUUUUAUGUAUGUUUGUAAAGUAGCCAAAAGAAUUUCCAAAAUCCAACAUGCCAUUUACUAUCCUUUAGCAAUAAUCUAUUUGAAAUCGAUACUCACAGAAAUG